ACCUGCUCCAUCUGUCCAAAGGCGCCCCCAGAUCACCUCGUUUUGACCAACACCCAAACCUCGACAUAAUGAAGCUCACAGAAAGAGAAAGGCCCACCGUCGGUUGGCAUCUUCCCCCCGAAAUCUGGACGCAGAUAUUCACUCUCAUCGUUCGCGAAGAGAUUGCCCGCAUGUCGCGUAAGCUGUGCGAGAAAGACUUUAACCGGCGGACUAAGACGACCUUUCGCGAGCUGCCUGCUUGUUACGUUUUAUCUCGCGUCUGCCGGAAUUGGCACGGAACGGUCAGGGACCUCGUCGAAAAUGCAAAGUGGACUCGUUUUCAUUACGCUGCCUUUUGGAAUGAUGGGCAAGAUGAGCCCUUUUUCUUUCCACAAGGUCCAAUAACACUGGACAAAGUGGAAAACUUGCAGCUGACAACGGGCAGUUCUCAUGUGGAACAGCUGCUCUCCAUGGUUCCCAACGUUCGUCGUCUGAUAUUUUCGAAAACACCACCCAACGCCUUCUUCGAGGCGGCGUCAAAGCACUGCCCUGCGGUACAUCACAUAACGCAGUCUCAGGACGAAUUAUUUCCUUCGCCUCAACUGGAUCCAGGUGUGCUCAAGACAGCUUUGAGUCGCUGGCAUUCGGCAGGUUUCGGAGGCGUGCGUCAAUUGGAGUUAGACUCGGAUUUGGUCGUAGAUGAUGAUCUCCUGACAUCGAUCAUGUAAUAUUGUCCGCGGUUAAGUUAAUCAUCACCUGCAAAGACGGAGGACUGGUAUCUCAGAAUUUUGACUGAGUUGUCUGCAGCUCCAUGGGAGGUUUCGGGCGGUACUAUUCACAUCCAGAAUGGAACCUGUCUGCCGACGCAUUUAACACGUUGGUGGAUUGGAUCGGUCAAUGGGAGGAGGAGUGGGAUUGGUCGAAGCUUAUCCUUCCUGUUACGGGAGGAAAUGACUUUGCUGAGCGGAUGUUGGCCUUUGCCCGGACCCCGAAGCCUAAGAUGAAAUCCCUCACGUUCAUGGCGUUGCGUGGACAGGAAGGUAGAAAACUCACCAGAGAUGGCCUGUUGGGGGGCCUGAUGGCUUGCCCCAAUCUGUUGGAGCUCAGCAUAUCUCAAGCCAGGUUUGACCUAGAAAUAUUCGACGAUCUC